AUGGGGAAGGACGCGACAAAGAAAGCAAGCUCUGCUGUACCCUCGUCCAACUGGCUUGCGUUGAAGAAGACGAUCUCCUCGGGGAAAACAUCAGGUCAUAAGGAAGGACAUGCUAAGGAUUCCGGAAACGUUCCUCCUCGGAAGCGGAGGCGCAUAGCGAGUGAAGUCGAUGUACCGGUUGCGAGGACUGCGAGCACGAGCGCGCGGACGCCCUCUCCUCCACCGACGGAUGUCGUAGAGAGCGGAGAGGGCGAUGAUAAGAACGGGGAGUCUCUGUCAUAUCUGCGAAGGAUGAUACUCGGCAAGUUGGAGUCGACGUAUAAGGAGGCACAACGAAGUCCUGGCAAAUAUAUUGCGCUUGAUUGUGAGAUGGUCGGAGUUGGCAUUGACGGGAAGGAGUCCUCACUAGCCCGUGUCAGUUUGGUCAAUUACCACGGAGUAGUGCUUAUGGACGAGUUUGUGAGGCAAAGGGAGCGCGUGGUGGAUUACAGAACGGAGUUCAGUGGUAUCAGGCCGUCCGACAUGGCCAAAGCCAAACCAUUUGUUGAGGUUCAGAAACAAGUUGCAGACCUGAUCAAGGAUCGGAUACUAAUUGGCCAUGCUAUCUUCAAUGAUCUUAAGGCAUUAUUACUCUCGCACCCAGGGCCACUCACGCGAGACACUCAGCGCUUGGCUGCAAAGCACCAGGUGACGAAGAGCAAAUAUCCGGCGCUGCGUCAUCUCGUUCAGCAAGAAGUCGGUGUCGCGAUUCAAGGCGGAGAGCACUCUUCGGUCACCGACGCGCGAGCAACUAUGGCAAUCUUUCGUAUACAUAAGAAAGAAUGGGAGAAAAGUCAACGCCCGAUGACCGCCAACGUUCGACAGAAUGAGACGAGCGCCAAGAAGAGCGACUUGAUGGAUGACGAUGACCGAGAAACCACAUCGCACGGCGCAUCCGCCGAUACGGCAAGCAAUGUGAAGAAGGGCAAGAGGAAGCGCAAUGAGAAAGAAGGGGGGUCGGGGCUCUUCCCUGGUGGUGGGCGGAAAGGCGUCAGUUCUGGCAAGUCGGUGGUGAUUAGGCGGAGGGGUGAUGUCGUCGACGAACGAGGACGGCAGAAGGGCUCUGCGGCCGGGCACGGAGGAAGGAAGGCUGCAGGAAACUGGUGGGCGGAUUUGGGCUCCGGUGUAUAAGGAGAGUACCAGUUUGAUCUCCGAGUUGGCGAAUUCGUCUGCGUGCUCUUGCGUUGCAACACGCUCAAGCUACGCCUUCAU